CGGCAAUUUAUGAAUUAUCUCCCUUGACCGGUAGAGGGCGAAGGGAUCGGUCUCUUUCUCAAAUCCGCCAUCAUGGGUCGUAUGCACAAUCCAGGAAAAGGUAUUUCCCAGUCUGCCCUACCAUACAGGCGAUCUGUGCCAACUUGGCUCAAACUGACAUCUGAGGAUGUUCAGGAACAGAUAUACAAGUUGGCCAAGAAGGGUCUGACCCCGUCACAGAUUGGUGUUAUCCUCCGUGACUCCCAUGGUGUAGCUCAGGUGCGCUUUGUGACCGGCAACAAGAUCCUGCGUAUCCUGAAGGCCAAGGGUCUUGCCCCCGACAUCCCUGAAGACUUGUACCAUCUGAUCAAGAAGGCUGUAAACAUCCGCAAACAUCUUGAGAGGAAUAGGAAGGACCGUGAUGCCAAGUUCCGUCUGAUUUUGAUUGAGAGCCGUAUCCACCGACUUGCACGGUACUACAAGUCGAAGAAGGUCCUGCCUCCCAACUGGAAAUAUGAAUCCUCCACUGCCUCUGCCCUGGUUGCCUAAGGAGUGAAGAUGGGAGAUGUAAAGCUGAAGAAAUAAAUUCUUGAAGGGC